UGCGUCUCAUUCGCUCCAUGCAUCGUGAACCAGUUUAUAAUGAACACAGAUUCAGUCGCUAUAAGUAGUGAUGGAGAAACGGAUCUUUUUCAAACUUUAUCGAGUCAUUUGAAUCAAUUGAUUCGCAAAAUGAUUCACUUUUUUGAAUCGCCCCGCACUGACAGCACUGCUGCUCAAAACACCGAUCAAACACAAAUAUGAGAAAUGAUAACUUUUACAAACCAACUGCAACUGUGUUCAUGAAAGUGGAAUCUACAUAAAAGACAAAGUGUCCAAACACACAGAAAAACUCCUGCUGAAGCGACUGAGAUCCACGUGAUACACUAUUAUAAAGAUGGUGUUUAUUAAAGAAGAGAGCGAAGACAUGAAGAUUGAAGAAACGUUCAGAGUCAAACAAGAACAAACAGACCCAAAGUCACUGAAGGAGGAGAAUCAAGAACUGAAAGAAAAGGAACAAACAUGCUUUCAUCAGACUGAAAAUACUUUGUCACAACAAGGAGCUCAGAAGACCAGAAGUCAUUUCACCUGCCAACAGUGUGGAAAGUGUUAUAGUAGUAAAGGAAGUCUUAUUGUCCACAUGAGAGUUCACACAGGAGAAAAGCCUUACACGUGCAAACAGUGUGGAGAGAGUUUCAAUCGAUCAGCAAGCCUUAAAAUCCACAUGAGAAUUCACACUGGAGAGAAACGGUUUUCUUGCCAGCAGUGUGGAAAGAAGUUCAGUCAAAAUGGACACCUUAUUACCCACAUGAGGAUUCACACUGGAGAAAACCCAUUCACCUGCCCACAGUGUGGAAAAAGAUUCAAUCGAAAAGGAAACCUGACAGUCCACAUGAGAAUUCACACUGGAGAGAAGCCUUUCAAAUGCAAACAGUGUGGAAUGGGCUUCACUCAAAAAGCAAGUCUUAAUGCCCACAUAAGAAUUCACACUGGAGAGAAGCCAUUUGUAUGCAGUCAGUGUGGAAAGAGUUUCAGAUUUAGAGUAGCCUUUAAUCAGCACAUUAGAAUGCAUUCAAUAGAGAACAGUUUUAUAUGUUGUCAGUGUGGAAGGAAUUUCACAGACAGGAAACACCUUAAGAGUCAUGUAAGAAUUCACAUCUAAGGAGACUUUGAUUUGCCAUCACUGUGGAAAGAGUUUUGCACAUAAACACUCAGUGGAGGCUUCCCAGUGAAGAGAGAAAAGUGUUUUCUGUGUGAAAGGAGUUUCACAUAUCAUAGAGACAUGAAAAAUCAUUGACGAACUCGUUCUGGACAGAAAUGACAAAGUUUUGAAUGUGAAAAGAGGUUUACAGAAAGGAGCAAUUUAAAAAAUCAUCUGCACAUGUAUCACAAUAAAAUUCUUUUUCAGAUACAUAUGGAAAGCCAUGCAUAUUAGAGACCCUAUUCUUGUUCUUUUUGAGGAAAGAGUUUUAAAUGGCUCAGCCAUCAGACAAUUAAGUAUCUGUGUGAAAUCAAAGCUAUGUUCACACCGUAGCUGAAUGUGCCCUAAAUGCAGAUACUCCAGGUUCCUAAAAGAAUCCCCCGUGAUCAUCACAAGUGAUUUGGCCAAGUUCAGUUAGUUUAUUUGCAUCCUUCACCUCUUUAUACUUUGUCUUGAAGGUUUUUAUUUUCUUGUGUCAUGUUUAUAUGAAUGCAUGUGGCCACAGUCCAUCUUUGCUGUAGUUUCAAAAUAUUGAGCAGUUAUGGUAGAUAGCAUAUGAUACUUUGAUUCUGGAUAAUACUUUGGAAUUAAUCAGUUGGAUAAAGCUGUCACCAGUGUUGGGGAAGCUACUCUUAUGCUGCCUUCACGCCAUAUCGUAAUUACCGGAAUUUUGAGAUGACAACACGUGACGUUCUAAUCGGAGCUGUUCACGUCCUCGGAAUUAUGCUUUUCUAUGGCAACACUAUCAACGCCUAAACAGAGCCUGCGGUGGUCAGGUGGUACAGUGGUCACGUGGUACAAGUCGUAGCUCUCAGAAAACUCCCAGUUCACAAGUUUUAGUAACGAGUUUUACGAGGACGUGAACACUUUUUACAAGUUGGAAUCUCGUAAUUACGGGAAAUCCGAUAUGGUGUGAACGCACCUUUAAAUUAAAGUAGUUAAGCUACAAUCAAGCUACCCUUCUGAAAAAGUAGCUAGCUACACUACAAGUAGCUAGCUACAUUCAAACUUUUUUUUUUCACAAUGUAUAUUGCAAAUAACUGAAUAAGCAUUAAUGAGAAAUGUUUUAAGUAAAAUAUUUGGUAUUUAAAACAAUACAAUACAACACAAUACAAUUAUGAUGUCAAAAACUAUUGUUUUGUUACAUGCAAUAUUCAAAUAUUUGUCAAAAGUCAAAGUGCUAAAUUGCAACAAAUUUAACAUUGCAAUAACAAAAAAAUUUAAGUAACAUAAAAAUACUGUGUGACAAGUGGCUGCAUUUUGACAGGAAAUUAUACUGGACUCUGAACAAGCGACGCUGACAGGGAAAUCAGGUGUGAUUGCAGUAGACUGUUGAAACCUGUCCACUUGAUCCAAAACUAUGACCUCCAAGGGUCAAAAUCUUAUAGUUUGUGUUACAAAAGGAGAGAAUUCUUGGAAUAUGUUACAAAAAAUAAACAAAAAGUAUUGUGGUCCAAGCAAAACAGGAACAGUUUCACACCAUCAGUCCAGGAGACCAGAGGCGUGCGGAUCCAUAUGCAAGCUUUUAUUCACAGACAUGGUCAAAACACAGGCAGGGUUGAACAACAGCAAAUGGGUAUGGCACAGGCAAGACACAAGAGUAGUCCAGUGAACAGACGGGGUCGAUCGGCGGCGAACGUAAUCCUGGGAGCAAAACAAAGAGAGAUAAUCCAGGCACACGAUAAUAGUCAGGAGCAAACAGAGUUCAAACGACAAGAUGAGAGAGGGAUACAAGGCAGACUAUGAACUACAGGGCAGGCAGAGAUUAGACAAGAAACGAAAUACACAGGCUAGGAUCAAGACACGAAUGACUAAGGCAAUAAACAGGAUAAAACUAGAAUAAUGGUGUGUUCACACCAGAUGCAAAGCGAAUAUGACAUUGCGUCACUCUAGAUUACACGCGGGAUGUUUUUCGUGUCACUUGCGCGAAUAAAAGCCAUGGUGGAGAUAACUACAAUCACUGUUUUGUACCAAGUCCCAAAUACGAUGGAAGCCAAACGCCGACGUGCCUGGGUUCACAGCACCAUCCAGAGGAGGAUGAGUGUGUGUUACAUUUUACUACUGUAUACUGUAUACACUGAUAUAAUUCUUUUUUUUUUUCAUUAUUAUUAUUGAUAGCAGCAUCUCUGCCCUAAUAAAAUACAACUACCACUACAACUGAUUUUAAUUGUUUUCUAUGCUAUCAUAACAGGCUACAAUAAUGCUGUUAUGAUAGCAUAUACAAUAAUACAAUAAUUUUCUGAUUCAACCAGACGUGUCAAUAAGCUCUUUGUGAGCUUACGAGUCAUGUGAAUUUUCCACUCGAGUUGAAAUAUUUGACCUUAUGCAGAAGACGCGAUUGAGGUGAAUAUUGUGCGUUCGCGGAAAACGUGUCUUUGCAUUGACUUUGUAUGUAAUCUAAACAGAAUCUUUUAGUUAACAUUAAACAUAAGCGAAACCCUUAAGAAUUCACAACUUUUUUUUUUUUUUUUUUACAAUAGUGCUCUCAUUAUAACGUUAUGUAUAUGAUCGUAGUUAUAACGUUCUGCAUUUCUGUUUUGAGCUGCGUGCGCUGAAGAUGACCAGUAGAAUGAAGCAUAUGAUAGCAGGUUUUUAAUCAAUGGGAUGUAACUCAUUUAUCUCACAUAGAAUACACUUCGUUAUUUAUAUAACAUAAUGUUAAUAUUACAACUUAUAGGCUAUCUGCACAAAAUCCCCCGAAUGCACAUGAAUGCGUCUGCGCGGCUCUGAAUGAACUCCUUUUGUGGACGCGUUCUUCACACAAUAACAUGCAGAAACACAACUAAACAAAAAAAAAAUCACUAUGUUUUAUUAUAAUAGUGUUCACAUUAUAAUGCUAUGUAUAUGACAGUGCCAGUCAUAGUUAUUAAUAUUCUGCAUUGUUGUUCUGCUCGCACCGCGAGAUAAUCACCGUAGGCUACUACAAUGAAGCGCUUUACUGUAGCGUAACUCAACCAAAUGCAUCUUAUACGAGAUAAAUAAUAUAUACACGAUAUAAAUAAACCGACUGAAACGUUUUGAAAUCACUUGUUGUACCCUACCUGAUCGAAAAAGAAAAAAAUGAAGUCUUCCACUCUGCCUGUGUCAAUUUUAGUCUUGUUAAAGAUUUAAAUCUCUGCCGCCAAGAUGCUCCUCUGUCGGUGACGGAUUAGAAAGCGAAACUUUAAUCUAUAGGGGAAGUUGGAUUUAUUUACGCACGUUAAAAUAUUUAUUUAAAGCUUCUUUCUUUUAAGAUUCUUACAGCAUUAUCAUAAUAGGCUGUAUAUUAACUUACUGGGAGAAAACCGGUAGUUAGAUGUGAAAUCAGACACCAAGCACCCCCUUAUAGCCAAAAUGGCAUGAUCAUAACACCCCGCGAAUAUUCGACUGUGAGAUUGGGAGUCGAAUCGAAGCAUCGAAUCGUCGACUAUUCAGGGACACCCCUAUCACAUACAUUCCAUAAACUGUUCCAUAGCUAUUCGUAAUGGCAUGAACAAAUCUUGGAUAAAAGCAGUGCUUAACUGUCCCUCCUGGUGGAAUGACCUGCCCAACUCAAUCCGAGCAGCUGUGUCCUUAGCCAUCUUCAAGAAAAACGGCUAAAAACACAUCUCUUCCAUCUUUAUUUGACCCUCUAACUCUAGCACUCUCUAUUCUAAUUCUAUUCUUUAAAAAAAAAAACUUGCC